AUGAGUGACGACGCAGAACGAAAAUCUUCACCGGGAUCAUUUGAAACAGAAAGAGAGACUGAGGAUAAAAGGCACAAAAAUGACAGGAAUUCGCAAUUUUACAGAAACACAGAAGCGACGAUUCCAAAACUGGAAUGUGCCGAAGAAAAGUGGACUGCCGACCAGUUCUACUCUGAAUUGAUGAACCGAAGCAACGAAAAAAGGUACGUUUUCAUGGAAAUAAGACACGACUACAUACAGUGGUUGUUUCCAACGUUUGGACAAUCAAUGUUCAAUUCGUCCAGUUUCUCACUUAGCCCCUAUGAGGUUAUUGAGAUGCGCAAAGACGCCGCGGUUGCAGUUCGGUUUGUCAGGUUUUAUAAGAUGUUUCUCGACUUUUUGGGGGGCGAAUUGGUCGACCUUGAAAAGGGGGAAAUUCGUGUUAACACAAACAAAAAAAUGCGUUUAGAGCGAUUCGAUAACUUCAACACAAACGAACACAACUUCUUUAGAGUAACACGAAUCAUCAAUUCGUUGAGAGCAUUCGGGUUUGAAAGGUAUAUCCCACAGUUCAUGAAAUUUUUUGAAGAUAAUAUGGCAUCAUUCAAACACUGCCUCACCAGUUUCCAUAAGUUCUGGAAAAAAGCUGCGCAAAAUGACCGUUCCGUAUCAAAAGAGCCAGAAAAUUUUGAUUACUCUGAUAGUAUAUUUUUCGAUGAGUUGAAAAGGGGUGGAAAGGAAUAUAAAGGUGCAAGAGCUGUUGUCGAGACACUCAAUGAGUUCGAAAAGAAAUUUUUUGAUUGA